CCCGGGCCAGACCGGGACAAGGCCAUGUGGCUGCACCUGGCGCUGCUGGCCCUGGCCUGGGCGCUGGGCUGGCUGCUGCGGGACCGCCGCACGCUGCCCACGGUGAGCGACAAGCACGUCUUCAUCACGGGCUGCGACAGCGGCUUCGGCAACCUGCUGGCCCGGCGGCUGGCCCGGCGCGGCUACCGCGUGCUGGCCGCCUGCCUGACCCCGCAGGGCGCCGAGAGCCUGCGCGGGGACAGCGCCGGGGGACACCUCAGGACCACCCUGCUGGACGUCACCUGCUCCGACAGCAUCCGCAGGGCCGCCGAGUGGGUGCGGAGGGAGGUGGGCGACAAAGGGCUGUUUGGGCUGGUGAACAACGCGGGCGUGGCCAACCCCAUCGGCCCCACGGAGUGGAUGGACAUGGAGGACUUCCGGCGGGUCAUGGCCGUCAACGCCUUCGGGGCCAUCGAGGUGACGCUGCAGCUGCUGCCGCUGCUGAAGCGCGCGCGGGGCCGCGUGGUCAACACCUCCAGCGUGCUGGGCCGCGUCUCCGCCAACGGCGGCGGCUACUGCAUCUCCAAGUUCUGCAUCGAGGCCUUCUCCGACAGCCUCAGGCGGGACAUGCGGCACUCUGGGGGCAAGGUCAGCAUGGUGGAGCCAGGCUUCUUUGGCCAUGCCCUGACCCCUUCUGACCCUGUCCGUGCCUCAGUUUCCCUGUCCCCUCACGUCCCCGCUGGCCCUGUCCGUGCCUCAGUUUCCCCGUCCCCCCCCAGACGUGCGGGUGCAGCGGCUGCUGCUGUCGCGCUGUGCGACAGGGACCUGGCCAAGGUGACGAACUGCAUGGAGCACGCGCUGCGGGCGCGCCACCCGCGCAGCCGCUACAGCGCCGGCUGGGACGCCAAGCUGCUCUGGCUGCCGGCCUCCUACCUGCCCUCGGCCCUCGUGGACCUGGCCCUGGCCCUCGUCCUGCCCAGGCCGGCCCAGGGCGGCCGCUGAGAGACCCCAGACCCAAUUGAAACCCCCCAGACCCGAAUUAAACCCCCCAGACCCGAAUUAAA